UUGUGUUGUUCCCUUAUGGACCUGAACCCGCCCCAUUUCAAGUGGCUUUAUUCCUACUCCCCCUUACACUGUCCCCUUGGCUCUAACGCGGUUAGCGGGCCAUGGCCCGUCGGGGGAGAGAGAAUUGAACUAUCCCCGACAGGACAAUGUGGGCGUCCUCCAAUGCUCAGUUUUGCGGAGCCACCCAAGGGAGUGAGGAAUAGCUAUUGGAUUGGAGCCUAUAUUAAAUACUCCUGUCGCCCAGGAUACUCUCCGGCCUCUGGAAAGUCUCUUUUCCUUGAAUGUGGUGCAGAUUCAACAUGGUCAGUAAUAGACCCUGAGUUUUGUGUAGGAAAACCAUGUAAAGCACUAGAACUAGAAAAUGGCAGAGUUGAUUUGACCAAUCUCCGGUUUGGUGCAACAGCAACCUUCUCCUGUAAUGAAGGUUACAGAUUGAGUGGACCGACUUCCACCCAAUGUGUGCUUGCGCGAAAUGGAGUUGAUUGGGAUAAGGAGGUUCCACUUUGCCAAGCAAUAUCUUGUCGUCCACCUCCUGAUAUCACCCAUGGAUCCCAUAAUGCUCUGAUUGGAGACGAGUUUUCCUUUGGCUCAGCGGUAACUUACAAAUGUGACCAGGGCUUCUCUCUUAUUGGAGAGGCCUUGAUUCGUUGUACAACAAAAGAUAAUGUCAAUGGAGAGUGGAGUGGGCCUGCCCCUGAAUGCAAAGUUGGGUGUCUGAAGCCAGAGGUGCAAAAUGGAAACCUGUUCAAUGCAGUGGAUGAAAAAAUGUGGUACAGUGUGAAUGAAACCAUUUCUUUCAAAUGCUCUCCUGGAUACCAGUUUUCAAGCCAUUCCCUCCUACCUGCAACAGACAGAUUUAGUAUUACUUGUUUAGUGGAUGGCAGCUGGACAGCAUUACCGAAGUGUAAAAAGCAAAGCACUUCUGAUGUGUGUGAGAUGGUUCCUGAGAACAAAGAGUUCAAAGAGUGUGGUGUGCCUCUGGAGACACUGAGAACUCUGCUGGAAGUGCAGAAACUGUAUCUGGAGAUUGAGAAACUGAAGCAGGAGCUAAAGUCACAAUGAAUAGCUGAGACCUGUAAUCCAUAUUGUGAUAAACUCUCUCUCCUUUGGAUGCAGUUCAUAUAAUUACACUACACACAGGAUGAUUUGUACUGAUUUCAUAGAACUUGAUAAUACAGCUACUAACUCAGAAUAGGUAGUAAAUCAGGGAUCAGAUUUCCUUACUGGGUGCAGUUUUUUAGGAUUCUUUUGUUCUUUCCCCUUGAAUUUCACAAAUUUGAGUUUCCACUUGAUGAUAAACUAGGGAUUUCAGGUCCUUGUACAGGUUUUAGGGGUUAUAGUGAAGGAUUGAGUUGAGAUUUGGUUUUACUUGGGUAGGUUAACAAUUUGCUUCCAUGCUACUGAAUCAGUUGAUACGAGCUUUAGAUGCUAUGCAAAAAAACUCGAGAGUAAUGUCCGCUUUUGUAGACAUCCCACAAUUGCUGCUUAUGUUUAACUUUAAUGCACCAAAACAUACACAUUCAAAAGUGGUGAAUGGGUAUUUAACUGCCCAUUUCCCCACACCUUAAGAGCAGUGAUGUUAAUAAAUUCCUGCACCUCUUUAAAAAUGCCACACACACAUUAGGAGCAGAGGAUAGCAGUCUCAAGUGUAGAGAAGCAACCAUCUGAGCCAUUGCCCAAUAAAUGAUAGGGGUGUUCUCUAACUUACACCUUGUGAUCAAGUAAUUAUUCCUGCCCUGCAGGGCUACAAUAAAAUGCAAUUGCAUUUAACUGCUGA